CGUGGGAUUCUCACCAAUACAUGAAGAAGAAGAAGAAAAGGCAAGCACAGAGGCGAAGUUGUAAAAGUAAAAAUAUGGAUAAAAAGAAAAAACCCUUUGACGUGACUUCGUCGUCGCUUGUAGACCUUAAAGCUGAGCUAUUCAGGAAGCAAGAACAAUUCAAAAAGGACAAACUUGGCCAAGAAAAUGCUGGUGCAUUCAAAUCACAAGUCAAGAAACCUAAUUUAUGGAACAAACAAAACAGUGGCGUUUCAGCACGAGCUGAGAAAGAUGUUGAACAGCUGACUGAGGAAAAAAUUACCCUUGAUGCAGCAAAAUGUAAGUUGGAGGAGAAGGCAAAACUCUAUGAACAGAUGACAAAAGGAGACUUUCCAGAUGAAGAGACAGAGGGGUUGUACCUGGUUGAUUUCACACAGAAGAUUAUUGACCGAAAAAGAGAAACAUUUGCACAGAAGGAGACGGCGAAAGAAGAAGAGGAAGAAGAAAGCUCUUUACCUAUCCCAGCCCCUGAGAAUCCAGAUGAGGAAUGGGUGGACUUUGUUGACUCUUUUGGACGAUCUCGAAGAUGCAUGAAAAAAGACCUGCCAGAUUUUAAGAAAAUGGACCACAGUCUUACAGGAAAAGGGAAUUCCACAGCUGACAAGACUUUACUGUCAGAGGACAUGCGCCGAGAGCUGCAGAGGCAAGAGUGGGAGAGGGAGGAAGAGGAAGCUAUGAAAAGGCCAAUCGGACCCAUCCACUAUGAGAAUAUAAGGGGACAAGAGGCACGGGAGCUUGGUGUGGGCUAUUAUGCAUUCUCUCAGAAUGAAGAGCAACGCGCAAAGCAGAGAGAAACUCUGGACAUGCUCAGAGAUCAGACAACAGAGCAGCGCACUAAGAGGGAGCGACUGAAGGAGAAGAGGCAGGCCAUCCUUCAGGCUCGAUUGGCCAAGGUCAGGCAGAGGAAGGGCAAGAAGACCAAGCUGGAUGGAGCUGAGGAAGAGCAGAAACAUGAGAAAAGUGAAGGAGAGGAAGACGAACCAGUUGGGCCUUCACCUCUACCGGAGGAAUGCCCAGAGGUCAGCACACUGAAGAAGGUGGAGGUGGAAAUCCAAGAAAGGAAAGACACCAAACCUGGUGUCCCUCAUAUCAGAGAGUGGGACAGAGGCAAAGAAUUUUUAUUUAGAGACUGGAGAAGUCGGCGUCAGGAAGAGCGAGAUACUGAAUUUGCUCCUCCCUCUGCGUACUUUACUGAUGAGAAGAGACAGAGAUCAGGCAAGACCAACAGUCAACAGGACAGCAAAUCCACAACGGCCUUCAAGUGGACAAAAAGUCACGGAGGAACGUCUGAGAGCAAAGAAGAACAAGAAGUCAUCCCUCAGCCUGAACAGAGUACUCAACCUCAGCAAAAUCCUCCAGCAACUUCACAGCCUCUGACCAUGUCACAGCCGCUGCCUUCAGAUUCAACUCCUUUGUCUGCUCCUUCUGCAAACAUUCAGCAUCCUGCUCCAUUUUAUCCUUCAUUUCCUCCUCCUCCUCACUAUGCAUUUCAUCAGCCACCUCAGUUUCCGCCACACUACUUUAGUCAGUAUCCACCCUACUAUUCUCCACAGUAUCCACCUCAGCCCGUGGGCCAGUCCCAGGCUCAGCGGGCCCCUGAGCCAGUGUCCAGUAGCCAGGAAGAGCGCCCCCCACAGGUCUCUCAUCAGAGUCUUGACGACAUGCUGUCUUUCUACAGGAACGCUACCUAAACCCUCAGUGAUCUUGUUCACUGUGUAGUCAGGGCAUGUUUCCUGCUUUGAUGUAUUCAGCAAGAACAUCAAGUCUUUGCUCUGUAGAUUUUAAAUGUGAUAAAUAUCAGGAGUUUGAAUUCAUAUGAUGACUUUUUUUGGUGCAGCCAAACCCUUCUGUCAAGCACACAGCCUGAAGCAGAGACUGGGACUCCAACCCUGGUCUGUAGGUUGGUAGUCCAACUCCUAUGCCACAGUGCCCCCUGCUCUUUUGAUAAUUAGAUCUGUAGAUAAUAUAAUGCAGCAGCCAAUCCAGUGGAUUAAUUGUUGGUGAGACUAAACACGUGUAUACUCACAUCACGCUCUUUCUGGUAUUGCCUAAUCCCCUCACUGUCUGUGCCACAGCAAGAAAUAAUCUGGAAUUCAUGAUCAUCUUAAUUUGUUGGGCAGAAGUAUUGAUUUCUGCAGGUGGUAAACCAUGACCAGUAUAUUAAAACUAAUAGUACUCGUACUGACUGCCUUUCUGUGAUGUUGCAAAGUGAGGAACUGGCUAUUGUUAAUGACUGCAUGAGUUAAUUUAUAAAAAAAACAAUCUCACAUUGAAACAGUGCAGCUGUAAAGACGGUCCUGCAGCACAGAAGCUAAUAGUGUUUGACAGUUACAUGCGUUUCUCUGAUUAACUUGUUACUCAGACUUCAGCGGGCAACGGGUGCCAUUUUUACGUCAAGGCCGGGCCCUGAUUCAGGGACGGAGGUACUGUAUUGUCCCCUGUAGUGGGGCGGC